UUGUUGUUGUUGUUUUCGUAGUUUUUGAAGAGGGGAAGAAGCGCGCAGUCGUCGCCGCGAUGUCCAGACGCAAACUUGGCAGCAGACCGCAGCACCUGAGUGCAAUUCACGAAUCUCCUGACUCAGCGGACACAAGCGCCCCCCCGCCACAGGACCACCGCUCGACCCCACACAUCCUGACCUCCGACGGGGGCGGCGACGGCGACCUCCUGACAUGCGGCCAGUGCAGCCGGGCCUUCCCCCUGGCGCACAUCCUGGCCUUCAUCCAGCACAAACAGGGCAACUGUCUCCCCCGAAACCAAACCGCUGACGCCCGCCCCGCGCCCCCCCCACCCGCCCGCCGGGCCCUGCAACAACAUUGCGCCACCGCCCCCCCCUCCGCCAGGACCACCGUGGCCGCCAUCGCCGCGCUGGGACCGGGCUUCAUCGAGCUGAGGAGAGAGGAGGCGGCGGCCAGGGACCAAGUCUGGGGGGCGCAGCUUGACGUGAAGGUGAAGGUGGAGCCCGGCAAAGCAGGGUACGAGGAGCCCUCCUACUUCACCUGCCAGCAGUGUGAGAGUGUGUUGCCCUCUGCCUGGGCCCUGCUGCAGCACGCCCAGCACACGCACUCAUUCAACAUCUACCAGGAGGACGACGAUGACUACGACGUCCGAGUGAGAGGAGGCUUGAAAGAGAACAAAUCUGUCGCGGCCACGCUGGACCCUCGCCACUUGAGCCAAGCGCUCUCCUCCGCCUUCCAGGCCUCCGCCUUCCAGCCCUCCACCCUCCACCCGGCGCGCGCCCGCCCGACUCCUGCUGCUCUGCACGCCCGCAACCUACAGGCUCUGAACUUCUCUGAGCGGCUGAGGGAGCUUGCUGUGGGCACCAACAAUAACGGCAACUUCCCUGCCAUCGGCUCGCCAGGGGGCCUGGCACCAUCCCCGUCGUCCUCCCCGCCUGCAGCGUCCCCCUUUCCUCAAACGGGAGUCCUCCAGUCCGACUUACACUGCAAGCUGUGCAACCACAGCUUUCAGUCCCCGCGCGCCCUGUCCACCCACCGCCGGACUCACGCGUGCGAGAGGCCGUACCACUGCGGAGUGUGCGGCCAGGCCUUCUCCCAGAGCGGUCACCUGGCCCGCCACAUCAGGAGCCACCACCGGGAGGCUGCAGGGAGCGGCUAUGAAUCAGCAGAUGUGAUGGUAAUUGAGUCCAACAGGGGGAGGUUUCAAAUGCAGCCAGCGAAGGCGAUGUUGGAAGUGAGAGCAAAAGGCCCCUCAGAAUUGGACAUGACCUUGCCCAAGCACCCCAACAUCGCUUCAAGCCUGAUGAUGCUCCCCUCACAGGUCAGACCUCCAGACAGAGAGCUGCUGAGGCUCUACCAGACCCAGAGGGAUGCUGGUGAGGAGGAGGUCGAGACGCAGGGGGAGCCGCGGAACAACUCCCCCUGCGCCAGCCCCUCCGAGGGCUCCCUGGAGAGUGGCGAGACAGGAGGCAGCGGCGAGAGCGGUAUUGCGAGUGGGAACUGCACGCCUAAGCGGCCCGAGACUAGCGAGCGGCCCGAGAUCAUUGACUUUAGCUCGGCCAAAGUCAGCGAGGCGGUGCAGGAGUGGCAGAGAGACAACGAGCGGAGGAACACCGGCGGAGGAAGCGCCAAGGUGAUGUCCGGCUCAGCGUCCAAGAAAAAGAAGGACGAGGCCUGCGAGUACUGCGGCAAGCAGUUCCGCAACAGCAGCAACCUGACGGUGCACCGCCGCAGCCACACGGGCGAGCGGCCAUACCGCUGCGGACUGUGCAGCUACGCCUGCGCUCAGAGCUCCAAGCUGACGCGGCACAUGAAGACGCACGGCGCCCAGGGAGCCAAGGCGCCCUUCUUAUGCCAGCUGUGCGCCGUGCCUUUCACCGUCUACGCUACCCUGGAGAAGCACCUGAAGAAGGUGCACGGCCUCACCCAUGCCAGCGUAGGCACCUACGCCCAGGCGAGCGCCGCCGUCAUAAAGGCCGAAGAGGCGGCGGCGGUUGUGAAGAUGGAGGAAGAGGAAGCCAGUCUGGAUCAGAUAGCCACCAUGGUGAAGGAAAGACAAGAUCAGGAUGGGGGGGCCACAGGGGGUCCAGCCAUGAUGGAAGGGGCUGUGGCUUUGACUCCAGCUCCCUGAGAGCCCCCUUCAAACUAAACCGUGUACAAGACUGAACUGGCCCCACAAUAAAAUCAACCUGUCUCUCACUCACUGAUCUGACAGACGAUCCAUGUGAAACCUGGAUUAGAAAAAGGUAGGGGAACCGAAGCGGUCGUAUACAAAAACAAAACAAAACAAAAUUUUUUAAAUAAAAAAAAAAAAAAAUUACAAGCUGCGGGCUGAGAAAGUGCCUGCAUGUGUGACCACAGAACAAAACGGUGACAUUCAACAGGGACAUUACCAGUGCUGCAGAACAGGAAGUGUGCUGCCAUAGUCCAUGCCAACACAGGAAACCCCAUCGCCACACGUUGCAGGUGAUGCAAAGGCGCCAUUUGUCGCCCUUCGUGUGCCCCGCCGGAUGACGUAUGACUAUCAGAUCAUAGAAAAAACUGAAGCUAACAUAUAGAUAGAAAUCAUUUCCUGUUGACGAGGUCUUUUAAAGAUUGGGAUGCAAACACGAACACUGUCUACAGUGUGCCAACUUUCUUUUUAAAGGCCCUUGCUCAUCUCUAAACGCCAUGUUUACAAGCCUCACGGGGGCCCCGGCGAGGUUGCACUGCUGACUUCUCGUGACAAAUGUGAAUAGACUUUCUCGUGUGUGAGCUCUUACAGGAUUACUUUCUAUGCAGCAAAACUGUUAGUCUCCGCCUGCGUGUGAAACGGGUGUAUAUUACCUUUUUGUUCUUGUUGUUUACAUUUGUAAAAUUUGGAGCCUGUGCAUGUUUUGCAGCUGUUAUUAUUUCCUGGUUCUGUGUGUGUGUGUGUUUUAAAUAAUUUCUAAUUUAUGAAUGUUGCACCUUUUGUGGUUGUGGAAGUAAGAGUGGAGUGGCGCACUUAAUUGAUUGAGCGAGCUUUUUUCUCUGUGUGCGUGCAACGUCACUUCUACUUUAACAGUGUCCCGUGACCGCAUGCGUCGUUUUGGAUCAUUUUGUCCAGAACUCAAGUAAACACGUUUGUCCUGUGUGUGUCGCAAGACAGGUAUGUGUGUGUGUGUGUGUGUGUGUGUGUGUGUGUGUGUGUGUGUGUGUGUGUGUGAGAGUGAGAGUGAGACAGCAAUGAGAGAGAGAGAAACUUAGAGACUGUCAAGGUAUCAAUUCAAGGUAUCAGAGAGACUGUGUGAGAGUCUUUUUUUGAUGUGUGAGAGAAUGUGUGACUGUUUGCCUGUGAGACAGUGAUGACAGAAUAGAUGAGGGUAGUGAGAGAGUGCGUGUGUGACCACUGUCCAUCUAUAUCAGGGACACCCAAACAAUGAGCGUUGUGUAAAAGCAGUGUAACUGUUCAGGGAUCAUAUUUUGUAUAUAGAUUGACAAUCUUGCUGUUAUUGUUAUAUUCUGACUGCCUGUCGCUGUUACAUGCCCCCAAACCUCUCCUGCUGAUUGUCUCGUUGUCGGCUCAACAUUUGCCUGUCUGACAGUUUUAUAGCUUUGUCAUGAGGAGCCUCAAUAAAGAGCUGAGUUGUA